AUGCAAGACGAUGCGAACCCACACCCCAGCGGCGUCGAACCAGACUUCGUCGCCAGGUAUGCACCCCUGAGCCGCGCCAGCCACAAUGUGCGGCAAAGCUCUCAGGGCAAUCCUCAGCCAAAGGCCUUUAAGCAUGACCUCUUUGCGCGCCUCAACUGGCCCCUGUGGGAGCCCCUGUCCAACAUUAGGGUGCUCGCCGUCGAGAAUCUCACGGAAGACAGACCGAUGCAGUGGCAACCGCUUUUUAACGAUGCACUUGAGCCCGUUCACGCAAUUGCUGGCCUGCCCACAACGCACCCUCCCCGCUCCAGGAUGAUUGUUCACAUUGCCACAAUCGACGAUCACGACUGGUGGCAAGACUCAUGUCUCAUGGGCCAGAGACCCGCGCCCCUUGUCAUAGAUCGCACAACCCCGCGCACCCAGGUUGGUGGUGGCCAGAGCAUCAUCACCGUUGCCGACUUUGUCCGCGAGGUCGGCGCCUACCUCGAGACGCAGCCGCUGCGAGCGGCCUACGAGGAGAUCUUCCACCCACGGCCCGGUGAGCCCGCCGACAGAGCCCUCUUCCAAGCCUGCUCGGGACCCAGGGGAAGCCAGGUAGCGGAUCCCGAGGCUCCUUUCAGACUCAGCUUCAUGGACGGGCAUGUUGGCCUUUGGGGCUACCACUGGCUGGGCGUGCGGAAGCGGCUUCUCCACAGGGCUGCGGCCGCCGCUGAUUGA